AUGGUCAUCUUGCAAGGAGAGAGGGCCAACCAUGUGACAUGCUCCCAAGAGGCUGAGAGAGAAGAGGACAGAGCGCUGGUCACUGGCCUGAGCAAGCCGUCCAUCAUCUGUGACCUGAUGAGUACAGAUUGCGGGGAUGGAGGGGCGCGAGGUUUGGGAUGGGUUGGAGGGACGGGUGCGGGGGGCGCCCCGAGCCUCCUGACACCCCUAGUUGCCCCUCCUCACGUCCUGGGACCCUGCUUCCCUCGGAAACCCCUCGGGGCGCGGUACCGCGCUCCCGCCGCGUGUCUGUGUUUCUCCGCAGGCCAGGAGGGCGUCCUGCGCUGCCACCCGGACCUGGUGGGCCGCGAGCUGCAGCGGGGCGAGCUCAGCGCCGAGUCGCAGCGGGAGCAGAGCGCCGCGGGCCUCACGAGCCUGGGCGCGGCCGAGCGGCUCUGGCUGGCCGAGCUCAACGCGCAGUACCGCGCGCGCUCCGGCUUCCCCUUUGCGCUCGCCGCGCGCCUCAGCAACCGGGCGGCGGUGCCCCGCGAGCGGGCGCGCCGGCUGCACUGCCCACCCGCGCAGGAGCUGAACACCCCACUGGGCGAGGUGAAGAAGAUGGGCCGCCGGCGUCUCGCCGACCUCCUCGGGAGCCAAGCCGCCGAGUCGUAGCGGCCGCGCCAGCCAGCGACCCGGGACGCACGUCGUGACGCGCGAGGGCCGCGGGCGCGCGCGCUGCGCUUGGAACAGCGUCCACACCCGCGCACAAAGGCCGGGGAGAACCGAGGCAGUCUUACGAAUAAUAAGCCCUUUGGUCCAGCUACCCGCAUGCUCACGCUUUGCCGAAAUAGAUAGUUGCGUGCUUUUCGGCCCCCGCUCCCCGCGCCGCUCCCGAUUUAUCCAGGUCCCUGCUCCAAUUCUUCACUCCCUUAGCGGCCCGCUGACACCAGCUUUUGCGGAUUCCAGGGCGCUAAUCGAGCUCUCUCUGGCUCCCCACCCUCUCCUGCAAACCCCAGGCGCAAAGCAAAACAGACGGAAAAGGAAGCUUUUAUUCCUCAGCGGUUUGUCUGUUUCUUUUUUCUUCUCCCACCUUAGUUGCUGCACGCGACAUUUACAUGUGAGUGGAAGCGCCUCUCUGGCUCUGGGACACGAACGGGAGCCAGAGCUGGGACAGCAAAGCGCCGGGGAAGCAGCGUGCGGGGGGACGGCGGGCAGGAGAGAGCCCCGCAGGGGCCGGUAUUGCGGAGGCGCCCCGUGGAGCAGAGAAGGCUGGGAGCGGGGGCUCUCUAGGAUGGACGGGCCUGAAGUUCAGGGCCAGCGGCCUCCCGUCUCUCCCGGGGGGUGGGC